CGGCUUUGUGUCCAACGACCCGCUCCUUACAUAAUGCAGUUUCAUAUUUGAAGAACAAAGGCAAAAAGAGGGAGGUUUUUCAUCACUUCGCGUGGUUUUCCUUCAUCUGCCCUGCAGGAAAGAAUUUGUGGAAUAAUUGCAUAGCUCUCAGAGCCAGGUCAAUUCAAUGAGUUCAAGCCAAGCCCAACUCACCCUCCGAUAGACGGCUAUCGCCUUAAAGCCACCGAGCUACGGCUGCAAUCAUGUCCAACCUCUUCGAAAUUGCGCCGGACAUAAAGCCUGAAUCCAUCGCGUCCGAAAUCGAAGUCGAUGAAGCUGUUCUUCAACAAUUGCCGCAAGGCUGCAAAGUCGUGGGCACGAAGGGGCAUGGGGCGAGCCUUUGGACGCGGUUCGCCCGCAUUGACGUCCAGCUCGCCGACGGGACGGCGAAGUCAUACUUUUUGACGGUAGCUACCGGCCCCAAUGGCUUGAGCAUGAUGAGGGGCGAACACGAGUCCUCCAGAGCCAUUAACAUGGUCAUAUCCGAUUUCGCACCGGGCCCCGUAGGCUGGGGUACCUUCACCUCCGAUCCGGACCUUCACUUCUUCUUGCAGGACUUUCACGAGAUGGACCAAGAAGUUCCUGAUAUGGAGCGCUUUACACUCAAACUCUCCGCGAUGCAUCUCAAGAGCGCAGAGCUACAUAUGGACAUGAAAGCCGAACACGAGCAGUCUCCCACGCCACGGUUCGGCUUUCAUGUCACAACACAUAACGGCAGUUUGGCACAGGACAAUAGGUGGACAGAUACGUGGGAAGCUUUCUUCGUACAAGGCUUGAGACGGAUGCUUGAGCUGGAGGAAGAGGCACAAGGAGAACAGCCGAAAGAGAUGAAGGACUUGAUUGGGCCUCUUUUCCAAAAGGUCAUCCCACGACUGCUGCGACCGAUGGAGACUGGUGGUAGGCAUAUCAAGCCAUGCCUUAUCCACGGCGAUAUGUGGCAGGGAAAUACUUCCACCGACGUUGUGACGAAUGAGCCCAUCGUUUUCGAUGCAUGUUGCUUUUGGGGUCAUAAUGAAUACGACCUGAGAACCAUGCGAGCAAGAACUCGAUACAAAUUCGGGCGGGCUUGGCAGAGUGCCUAUCUCAGGCAUUAUCCCGCUGCCUCCCCGGCGGAAGACUUUGAUUCUCGAAACGCUUUGUACAUUUUGCGAUCUGAACUCCAUGACUCCGCGUUGUUCCCAGGGGAUCCCAAGUUUCGAAAGCUGUUCAUUGACGAGGCCAAACGGCUGUUUCCAGAUGGAUACGAAGGCUGGCUGAAGACCAAUCCCGGCCAUUAAGCACGCCAUGACACGUUCGUCUGAACCGGGAAGUUGUUUUCUGCCUCAGAAAGUUAUCGACUGUACCCGUCCAAUCCUUUCGCGCACAGCUGCUCGGUGGGAAAGGCCUCUUUUUAUCACAGCAAUUUCAUCUCUUCG